UGUACAAUUCUGUGUUCGGUAUUUUUAGGUCAGGAUUUGUAGGAGAAGGUUUCUUCCUGCUCAGCGCCUGGAAGCUUUCCUCCGUUUGGUAGAUAUGUAAGCACAGACCAGAAAUUAUGCCCGCAAAGUGGAUAACGGUCAGACCCACGUUGUCUGACCCGGUGCUGGAUACUCUGAAAGCACUCAAUUUCUCUCGGAUGACCCCAGUUCAGGAGGCGACAUUACCUCUUUUUCUAGCACAUAAAGAUGUAGCAGUUGAGGCGGUGACAGGCUCUGGAAAGACACUUGCAUUUGUCAUUCCACUUCUAGAGAUUCUUUGCCGAAGAACUGAGCCAUGGAAGAAGCAUGAUAUUGGCUGCAUCAUCCUCACGCCGACUCGCGAGUUGGCCAACCAGAUCUCCUCAGUUCUGUCAUCCUUCUUGGAGCGCGUCCCUGGUCUCUGCCAGCUGCUACUGCUUGGUGGAGGAGACCCGAUGAUUGAUGUGAACCGCUUCAAGGAGAAUGGCGGCAACAUUCUUGUGUGCACACCUGGCCGGCUUGAGGACAUGCUGAAGCGCCGAGAAGAACCCAGCAUGGCUGCGUAUGUCAAGCAGCUGGAAGUGCUGGUUUUGGAUGAAGCGGAUCGGUUGCUGGACAUGGGCUUCUCAGCCAGCCUAAACAACAUUCUUGGAUACCUGCCCAAGCAGAGGCGGACGGGAUUAUUUUCAGCCACUAUGACCAGCAAUGUUCAGCAGCUGGUCCGGGCUGGCAUGCGCAAUCCCACGGAGAUCACCAUUCGGGAGAAGCCGACCAAGGAGGCCAGUGGACGUGUCCCAUCAAAGCUCUGUAACUAUUAUGCAACUUGCCCUCCUGCAGACAAGUUCUCUCAUCUGCUUCACUUCCUGCGCCUGCAUAAGAGUGAAGGCAAGAUACUUGUCUUCUUGAGUACGUGUGCUGCUGUUGAUUACUUCACUCAUCUGCUGACCAGUCUAGUCAAGGAUGUGGCCAUUGAAGGCUUGCACGGCAAGAAGUCGUCUCGGCAACGUGUGUUUGAUACGUUCAAGGACAGAGAAAACGGUAUUCUUGUCUGCACUGAUGUACUGGCACGUGGUGUGGACAUCCCCGUGGUACAGUGGGUCAUCCAGUACGAUCCACCCUCAGCAGCAAGUGCAUUUGUGCAUCGCUGUGGUCGUACAGCACGGAUCGGUCAAGAAGGAAAUGCCCUCUUGUUUCUUUCCUCUUACAUUGAAUUUCUGGGCAUCAAUCAGCAGAUCACCCUCCAGAAAAUGGAGUUAGACAGCGACAUCUUUGCCGCAACGAACAAGAUCCGUAAACUUGUGUGCCGUGAUCGUCAGUUGAUGGAGAAAGGCACGCGGGCGUUUGUAGCGUUCAUUCAGUCCUACAUGAAGCAUGAGUGCAGUUUAAUCUUCAAGCUCAAGGAUCUGGACAUUGGCGCCCUGGCCACCAGCUUUGGUCUCUUGCGUUUGCCACGCAUGCCAGAGCUACGCGGGAAGACCGUCACAGGGUUUGUGCAAGCCGAUGUGGAUAUAGACUCCAUCCGCUAUGCGAAUUCUGUCAUGGAAGAAGCCAGGCAACGAAAACUGGAGCGUGCCAGAGAAGCGGCAGCGGCGGCAGCACCUGGGGGGAAACGGAAACGAUCGAGCUCUCAAGAUGAAGCUUGGUCGAAGAAGAAAAAGAAGCUGGAGAAGAAGAGAGCGUCCGAAACUAGACAAGUUCGUCUUGGAUUCCUCGACAAGAAGGGCAAGGCACGCUGGAAAGACAGUGAGCUGGAUGAGCUGCAAAGAGAAGCCUCCUUACUCAAGAAACUCAAGCGGGGAAAGAUCACACAAGCCGAGUUUGAUGAGCGGACAGCAUGCGAUGAUGAUCUCUAGAGUGCCGUGAGUUUGAAACACCGUCCUAUCAGCACUACACUCGUACGAACUGACAAUCUGGCCGGCAAAUGCUGACUGUGCAGGAUGUGUUCAGGCUGACGAAGCAAACAUGUGACUCUUUCUAUUUCCAUGUUGAGGGAAUUGUCAUCGUCAGCUUGGAAUUCCUUGCUGGUCCUGUUCACUUCUUGUACAUGUACAUACUCUCUGUAUUAUAGUUUAGCUAUUGCACAUAGGUGACGAUUUGUACAUAUGACGUUGCAGAUUCGUAGGCUUUCCUCUGUAUUAUAAUGCAAUGCGUGUACAUGCAGUGCUAAAUUAUGUUCCUGCUUCCUGAAACACAGUGCGGGCUCGGCCUUUGUUCUGCACGUUCUCUGCUGAAAGUCAAACAGCAUAAUCCUUUCUUGUGAAAUUCAGUGCUUUUGUCUGGUGUUGACAUAAUUAUAUCAGAAUAUUGAACAAAGUUGUUGACCGGUG